CUUCUCAAAAACUGCUCAAUCAUUAUGUUUGUUGAGAUAUUUUAUAAACAAGUUGAAUCAUUUACAUAAUGAUAUUUUAUGCUGAUACAAAUGAAAGAAAUUUCAGUCUUUAUUCAACUGUUAUCAUGUCCACACUCAAGUAUUUGAGCGGUUUCGGGUCCGAGUUUUCUUCGGAAGACCCUAGAUGCCCCAAUUCACUCCCAAAAGGGCAGAAUAGCCCCCAAAAGUGCCCAUAUGGGCUAUACGCCGAGCAACUGUCCGGAAGCGCUUUCACAGCCCCCAGAUGUGAGAAUCGGAGGAGUUGGUUGUAUAGAAUCAGACCAUCGGUGGGGCACAAGCCCUUUACACCCUUCCCAGGGGGCAACAUCACCCACAACUGGACGGACACUGACCCCGACCCCAAUCAGAUGCGCUGGAAUCCCUUCGACUUGCCCAAACCCGGCGAAAACAUCGACUUUAUCACCGGUUUAAAUACCGUCGCGGGGGCCGGAGACCCCAAAAACAAACAAGGCUUGGCCAUACACAUCUACUCUGCGAAUAGAUCGAUGAAAGAUCGCUGUUUUUACAAUUCCGACGGCGAUUUUUUGAUAGUCCCCCAAACCGGAAUUUUGAAAGUUAUAACCGAAUUCGGGAAAAUGCAAGUGGCCCCUAAUGAAAUCUGUGUGGUUCAGCAAGGGAUGCGAUUUUCGGUGGAAAUUGAGGAGCCUUCAAGGGGGUACAUUUUGGAGGUGUUUGGGCAGCACUUUACUCUGCCCGAUUUGGGCCCCAUUGGGGCUAAUGGUUUGGCCAAUCCGCGCGAUUUUCUCACCCCUGUGGCCUGCUACGAAGACCGACAAGUCCCUAAGUACGAAGUUGUGGUCAAAUACCAGGGGAAACUCUUCGUUUGCGAGCAAGACCACAGCCCUUUUGACGUGGUGGCCUGGCAUGGCAAUUACGUGCCCUACAAGUACGACUUGGGCAGAUUCCAUGUCAUCAAUUCCGUCUCCUUCGACCAUUGCGACCCCUCGAUCUUCACCGUCCUUACAUGCCAAUCGGAGAAAAAAGGCACCGCUAUUGCCGACUUUGUGAUCUUCCCGCCGCGAUGGUCCGUCCAGGAGCACACCUUCAGGCCCCCUUACUACCACAGGAAUUGCAUGUCGGAGUUCAUGGGACUGAUUUUCGGCGAGUACGAGGCGAAGAGGGGCACUUUUCGGCCAGGAGGGGCCACUUUGCACAGUAUUAUGACCCCGCAUGGACCCGAUUUCAACUGUUUUGAGGCUGCCAGUGUGGAGGUUUUGAAGCCGGCGAGGGUGGCUGAUGGGACACAGGCGUUUAUGUUUGAGAGCUGUUUAGGGCUGGCUGUGACUAAAUGGGGGGCCAAGACGUGCCAGAAGCUGGAUCCGGAGUACUACCAGUGCUGGCAAGGGCUAAAGAGCCACUUCACGGGCCCCAAAUGAGAGUUUUAUACAUUUGGUAUUGAAUAAAUGACUGCUUUUACAA